AUGUACGCAUCGCUCACCCCGCCCACCCCACCUCACCUCUGCGAGCCGUCGUCUUUUUUCAGUCUCCUUUCGCAAGUUCUUUCAGUUUUGUCAGCGUCGGUUGCUCCGGGCUGUGAGGAAGAGUUUCUUUCUCACCCCAUUUUGCCGCAUCUCCUGCUAUACUUCUUCCAAUUUCAGGCAUUGGCCUUGACAGUUAUUUGCAGGCAUUGCCUCUGGGAGACGUUGUUUCUCUUUGUGGCGUUUCUUCGCCAUCUUUUGCUGCCCAUCAGGCCGCUGUCGCCUGUAUUUCAUUUUGGUGUUUUUUUUCUGUUGUUUCUCGGCUUUGCUUCCUGCACAUACACACACACAAUGGGGUGCGUCACGGCCCGCGCGGCCCGUGAUGUGAUGGCCAACAGCAAGAAGAGCGGCAAGCUCUCGAGAGAGGAAUCCGUGCAGGCCGCCGCAGAGAAGAAGCCCAGUGAGGCAGAAGUGGACUACGUUGCGCAGUUUGUGGCCGGUUACACGACCGACUACCCGCAGAAAGGAUCGGUCACCGUGUAUGAGGACUACCGCGGCUUUGAAACCUCCACGACAAAUCACGUUUCGAAGAACAAGGCGGAUAAACUCUGCAAAUGGAGCGACCAAGCCCUGGAAGACCGCCUGAACCUAAAUAACGACGUCUUUUUCAAUCCACAGAAUCCCUUCUCGUGGCCGAAGGAAGUCAUCACGAACCAUCUCACCUCGCCUUCCUUCGCCGAUAGAAAUACAGUUCAAGAGAUGACGCGCAAGUGA